AUGUGUGUGAACAAUCUUUUGUCAAUCCUCUGUUUUUUCCUGGCCAUUAGCUUUGGCUACGUGUCUGCAGAAGUAUGUGAGGACUCACUGUUUUUCAUACCAAACGAUACUUACGAUACAAACCGUCGUCUCGUUCUCUCAACUCUUGCUUCCAACGUCAUUUCUCAAGAUGGAUUCUACAACGUCUCGGUUGGUGAAGGCCCUGGAAAGAUCUAUGCCUUAGGGCUAUGUAUCCCAGGGGCUGAACCAAAGGUCUGUUCAGACUGUAUCCAAGCCUCGUCCGAGUAUCUAUUAGAACGCUGUCCCAACCAGACCGACUCUUUCGACUGGAGCCCACAAAAGACUCUCUGCCUUGUUCGUUAUUCCAACAACUCGUUUUUCAACGAGAUUGAUCUUGAGCCGUACCAAGCAGGGUACUAUGGUGGAGAUAUCCCUGGAAACGUAACAGAGUUUAACAGAGUAUGGGAAGUUUUGAUGACGCGUAUGAUUGUCGCAGCUUCCUCUUUGACUCCUGGAUCGCAUUCAGGCAGGCACUACGCGGCCGAUAUGAUCCCUUUUACAGGUUUCAUUAAUAUUUAUGCUCUGAUGCAGUGUAUUCCUGGGAUAUCUUCAAAGGACUGUGAAAAAUGUCUUCUUGAAAACGUCCGGACGCAGCAGGGUUGCUGCAGUAGGACCAAAGGAGGUAUCGUUAGGAGACCGGUCUGCUUUUCGCAGACUAAUAUUUCUCCGUUUUUUGGUGCUUUUUAUAACAUAACACUGUCUCCACCUCCUCAACACGUUCAAGCCCCUCAAACCUCACCUCCUCCGGUGGAUCUGCACAGUUCAACCAAGGAAGAUGGCAAAAAGAUCUCCACAAGAACUGUAGUGGUUAUUGGUGUCCUGGCAGCUGCUGCUGUAAUCAUGCUACUGCUUGCUCUAGGAUUUGGUUUUUUCAGGAGGAGAAAAUCAUACAAACCAAUGAAUUAUAAAAGUGAGUUUUGUUGUGAUGGUAUCACACCAUCACAUCCGCUGCAGUAUGAUCUUUCGACAAUUGAAGCCGCAACAGAUAAUUUUUCCGACAAGAACAAACUCGGUGAAGGUGGAUUUGGCGUAGUUUACAAGGGUACAUUCCCAAAUGGAACCGAAAUUGCGGUUAAGAGACUGUCAAUAGCUUCGACACAAGGCUUUCAAGAGUUCAAGAACGAGGUCAUUGUAGUGGCAAAGCUUCAGCAUUAUAAUCUUGUUAGGCUUCUUGGGUUUUGCUUGGAAGGAGAAGAGAAGAUACUCAUCUAUGAGUUUUUGUCUAACAAAAGCCUCGAUUUGUUCCUCUUUGACACUAUGACUAAGCGGCAGCUGGACUGGACCAAACGGUACAAUAUCAUUGAAGGGAUCGCUCGAGGGAUUCUAUACCUUCAUCGAGACUCACGUCCCAAAGUCAUACACCGUGAUCUCAAGGCAAGCAACGUCCUUCUUGAUGCUGAAAUGAAACCCAAAAUCGCUGACUUUGGCCUGGCAAAGAUUUUGGCAGUAGAGCAGACUCGAGCCGAGACUUGCAGGAUAGCUGGAACUUACGGCUACAUGGCUCCCGAGUAUAUGAAUCUUGGUCAGUUCUCUAUGGAGUCUGAUGUCUAUAGCUUUGGAGUCUUGGUUCUUGAGAUCGUAAGCGGCAAAACGUGUGGUAGCUUCUAUCGGAUUGAUGAUACUGAUUGCAAUCUGGUCACAUAUGCUUGGAGAAUCUGGAGAAAAGGCUCGGUGGACGAAGAAUUCGUGGACCGGACCUUCGGGAAAGAUUAUCAAAUCGAACAAGUGAGACGAUGCAUUCAUAUUGCUCUAUUAUGUGUUCAAGCUGAUCAUACAAAUCGUCCAAAAAUGUGUAAAAUCAACUCGAUGCUCGCUUCUAGCAAAAUCAGUCUUCCAGAGCCUCAUGAACCUGGAUUUUUGCUACCUGGUAGAUGCUGA